UGCGCAAAAGAAUGACGAAACAACACCCGGAAGCGGAACCAAGUACGUCAAGCGUAAACACACAGCUGUGUUUCACUCUCAAAUAUGGUGUACGUGUCCAACGGUCAGGUCCUGGACAGUAGGGCACAGUCACCGUGGCGACUGUCGUUACUUGUUGAUCUUUUUUGGGGAGCAGUGGAGUUUUUCGGCUUGUUUUUUAAGACUAUAAUUCACCCUGACUUGUCAAAGGAUGGCACCUAUGCUUCAUCACGCUUCAGUGAUGGCAGAGGUCCUCCAGGUCCCCCUGGUGGCAGACGGCGGAUGGGAAGAGUAGUCCAUGGUGGAGGUAUCAACCCUCCACCUAUGGGGGGAGGAGGAUGAGGAAGGUAAAUGCCUACACAUGCAGUGUAGGCAUGGGGCCUUGCACAGAAACAGCAACACAGUGUUGAGUUCACAAAGAUGCUGACAUCACAGUGCUGAAGCCCCUCUUCAUCAGCUGGCACUGCCAUGAGCAGUCUAGUGACGCCUUUCUGGGAAAUUCUACUUGUAGGGGCCAGAAUGGCUGAUACAGCAGCUGUCUGCAUCACUUCUUCAGUUUUUCUUGCAUUGCAAUGACUUAAUUCACAGUGGCAUCAGUCUGUUAGAAAUAUUUACCACUGGUAUUUCAGUCAUCCUGGCUUGGAAUCAUCUAAGUUUGUCUGUUUUAUAUCCUUAUGUUUGAAUAAAAAAUUACUUAAGUUUG